AGAGAAAGGAGGAGAGGCAAGUGGAAGAGAGAGACAUGUGAGGGAUGGGGAGAGCUGAGUGAGAGUGGGGGAGGCAGAAGAGAUAGGGGAAGCAUAGGCAAUGGAAGUAGGGGUUUACUGGGCUCAUCCCCCCAAACAGGGGGCAGCAGGUAUGGCCAGAGGCUAGCCCAACCACAGGCUGCUGAGGCAGGGGUGAGAGGCACACACACUCAGAUACCCUGCACAGCCAGGAUCGCAGCCAGCCCAGCAGGCAGAAUGAAAAAGAAACAGUAUAUUUUCCUACUCAUGCUCCUCUAUGCUGUUGAAUAUUGCUUAGCUCAUUCUUGUGCAGUGGAUUCUUUCUCUGUGAAAGAGAACUUUGACCGAAAGAGGUAUGCAGGGAGAUGGUAUGCCUUAGCUAAGAAGGACCCAGAAGGUCUCUUCCUGCAGGACAACAUCUCUGCUGAAUACACUAUUGAAGAAGAUGGCACAAUGACUGCAGCUUCCAAAGGGAGAGUGAAACUCUUUGGAUUCUGGGUGAUAUGUGCUGACAUGGCUGCUCAGUACACUGUACCAGACCCCGCCAUACCAGGCAAGAUGUAUAUGACUUACCAAGGUCUGGCUAGCUACCUGUCCAGCGGAGGCGAUGACUACUGGGUGAUUGACACCGAUUAUGUUAACUAUGCUGUUACAUAUGCCUGUCGUACACGGAAAGAGGAUGGAACUUGUGAUGAUGGGUACUCCAUUAUCUUCUCACGCAACCCUCGUGGUUUCUCACCAGCCAUUCAGCGUAUUGUGCGUCAGAAACAGGAAGAGAUCUGCAUGUCUGGCCAGUUCAAGCCUGUGCUGCAGUCAGGGGCCUGCUAAAGACUACAGUUUGAUUCUAAGAAUGAAAGCCGGAUCUCUUGGCCUUGAAGUUGCCAUCUAUCUGAAAAAACCCCCCCAGAAUCAUAGCUUGGACUAGUGUUUUUCCUGGAAAACACUGUUGAAAUGUUUUGUUGUUGUUUGUUUGGUUUUCUGGGGUUUUGGUUGUUUUUUAUUUUAAUUUUUUUUUUUGUGGUAACUUCUGUGCAAUACCACACUGGGUAUCUGAAUUUUCAAGGGAAUAACUAGUGUAAUAUUUGUCAAUAUUUUUAAAACACGUGCAUAUUACUAUGUACAGCAUGUCUCACUUAACCUAAUUUAUAUCCUAAUUCCUAAGUAAUGAAACCUUGUGGAAUGGUUAGAUCUCUACUGUGAUCCCACUACUUUAUGCUGACUAACAGAAGGAAACAAUUAGAUUUUGGAACCAGGACCUGUUCAGUUCAAAACAACUUAAAUGCAGAAUAGGUACGUUUAUUAGCUAUGUAUAAACUAUUGUCAAGUAUUAUAAAUACUUCAUCUCCCUGACCAGUCUGGUCAAAGUGCAGUGGCCACUGGAAUGACUGAAUACCCACUAAUUACUCAUCUCACUCACAAGGAAGUAUCAGGUGGAGUUGAAUGAACUUUGGAUUCUAGUCUCACUGGGCAUUUCUACACAUGCAUUUAUGCUGGCUUAAAUUUACUGCAUAGAAAAUUACUGUGCAGUAAGUGGGAAUAAGCAGACAUCUACAAGUGCAGGCAUUAAAGUUCAUUAACACUGCGUGUGGACUGAUUUGGGACUAAAAUUAAUCCCAAGCCACUUACCACACACAGCAUCAAUGAGCUUACUGUGCAGUAAUAUGUAGUGGGGGAAAGACAGGCUGGGGGGGAGUGGGGAAGGGGAAUGAAUGUAGUGGUAAAUAGUUUACCAGCAACAUUCAAUCCCCUUCCCCUCAGCCUGUCUCUCCCCAACUGACUCCUUAAUUUACAUCUUCACUGACUGGCUUUCUUGCAUGCAUGCCAGCCUCUGGCUUCUUUUACUAUUCCUUCCUUCCAGGAAGAGCACACACCAACUGUAGAUGCUUCCUCAGCCUGAGAAAGGGGAUUUAUAACUGGAAGCUUACAAAGAAGAAUUUUCCCAACUUAUGAGACCAACUCAAAUAAAGAUAUCAGAUUGACAAAAAGAACCUUGUAUGCCUAAUGUGCAGUAAUGCGUCUACACGUGUAUUACUGUGCAGUAACUAAUUGGGCGUAAAUUUGAUACCUGCAUGAUGCAGAUAUCAAAUUUACACUCAGGUCAAUGGAAGUCACCAUAUUUACUAUGCAGUACAGGUGUGCAUCUGUAGCUGCAUUACUGUAUUGUGCAGUAAAUGCACAUGUGUAGAUACGCCCACUGAUUAGACAAGGCAAAUUCCUAAUUACAGUAAGUCUAGCUUUUGGACAAGACAUUCAGAAGAAUGCCUCCAAUUCUGGAGGACUGGGAAUUUUAAUGUCCUUUAUUAUUUUAUUUACUUUCUGUAGCAUCUAGAAGCCCCAGCAGGCAGGAGCUAGUCCUUAACUUUGUUCUGCCCUGAGGCAAGUACUGCUCCUCCCCACCCCACCCCACCCCACCCCCCGCCCAUGCCUUACUAGCAUCUAGCACCACCGUGUUAGUGCAUUAGGGCAUUGCUUAAACUUAAUGCCAACUGAGAGCCAUGUUAUAUGGAACACUUAGUAUCUGUUAAAUUCACUUAAAAUAGAGGCAUCUGCAUGUUCAAGCAGUAAAACACAUGCUAAGUGUGUUCAUAUCAUAGCAAACUUAUGACUUUUGGGGUGAGAAGUACCUCCAGAUCAUAUUAAGUAACACAUAUUCAGCUACCAGAAGUCUAUCUAGUGGAGAUAAUAUGAGCAAUUUGCAGUCCUCCAGCAUGUAGGGUGUACUGUUUCCAGCCACCUAACUCCCACUCCAAGGUCUGGUCUAUCACCCACCUGAACUUUACCACUCAAGUGGGCAGCACCAACCCCAAGGCAACACCCUAGGCUGGGGGUAAGUGACCCCCAGCCUACGUGGCAUCACCCCAAGUAUGCAUGGAAACCCUCAAGGUUCUCCAAAGCUUGCUUGAGUGUCCACUGCAAACAGAGAACACCUAGCUUUAUGAACCAAACUGAAUCAGAGACUCUCCUCCUUAGACUCCUGUAGGAGGGCCAUGAACUGGACUUGUGACAAAGUGUUGGACCUCAUCAUCAUCUGGGGUGAGAAGAGAACCAUUGUCACAACCACCACCAAGGGCAGGAAGGACAGCCACCAAAACCAAAUGGUAUAUGAGUGCAUCAAGGCCCAGAUGAUGGCAUAGGGACACCAGUGAGACUGGCAGCAGAUAUGCACUAAAAGCAGCAGAUAUGCACCCAUGUCAUUUAAACCCAUGUAGUAUAGUGUAUAGUAGCUGCUGUAGUGAUUGUGAGAGCGCUGGUUUCAGUAUAUCUACCUAUCCGAGGCCCUGGAGUCUGGUGUCGAUGGUCAGCUUCCUUCAAGGCGCUGUCUUCUCCAGAAGGGGGUCUCUGUCUGCUGGUAUCUGAAGUUUUGGGAGUCUACCCUUGACUUAUUGACUUAACAGCCGUAUUAUCAUGGGUUACAGGAAUAUAGUCAAUAGAAUGGGUGCUUGGUUCUAGUAAUCAGUUCCUUGGCUUGAUUAACUUAAAAUGGCUUGUAGAGUAGAGUUUUGUUAUGAUAAGUUCCUCUGGCUACUCUAUUGUCAAUUAACAACCAGAGAUACUUGAUUUGUCAUUCAUACUCACAUUCAUUCAAGGGACAGCCCAAUAUAGCAGAUUUUAUCACUUUACAAUUUCAGUGCAGCUUUUAACAAUGGUCCAGGGUGUAACUUCAUUCUACAGGGAGUACAUUCCUUAAGGGUUUAACGGUAUAAAAUAUAAAAUACAAAAUGCCAUGGUAAAGAUGAGACAGAUGAAAUAUAAAAAUGCACUGUGAGAAAUAUAUCAAAAUGCAAUGUGAGAUAGCGAGGAUCAAAGGUUACUGGGGACAGUAAGUGAGGUAGGUUAGCACAGGGUAUAUUUACAGUCAUUCAAGUGGAUAUUUUAGUUCUUUUGUUUUCUUUAGCGACACUGAGCUUAACUGAUAUGUAGAUGUAGUUUCUAGGUUUCUCCUACAGAAAGCCAUUUCAGCUUACUGGCUUGCUCUUGAGCCUUGCCACACCCAUGCAAUGAGUGUGCUAGGUCUCUGACAAUACUUAGAAGGAAAAAGAAAUACACAAAAUGGGGGGGAGGAGGGGGUGCAGGCAAGAAGGGGCUUCUGCUAUAUCAAUGUCCAGAAGGGAAAUAUACAAAAGGGGCUUUCUGCUACAUUAUUCCCCGCCUUGACAUCAGCCGUUUGGGGUGAUGUCACUAUAACCUUUCAGUUACUGAGCACCAUCGUCCUGGUUUAUAGAAAGGAGGCAUGUCAUCUUCAACUGCUUUAAAGUUAAAACAAAACUUAAGCUGUUAAAAGAAAUUAAAAGAGAAAAACCUUGGUGGGGGGAAGAGAAAGAAAAUAACAUCAGAAUAAGGUUGCUUUAAACAGUUACAGUGGUAUAAUUGUCUCUUCACUUAUUAAAAUAAUGUUGAAUUAAA